CGUCAGGCGCUGGGCAGCCACUGGCGCGGGAGCUCCCCCUCGCCUCGCCUCCCGAGGCCGGGGGAUAAAGGCACCUGGCCCGGCGUUCCGGGCCACCGGAGCGGGGAGGCGGCGGGCGAGCGGACGUGCCAGGGUCGGGCCGGGCCCCACCGCGCAGCCCCCUCCAUGCGCCUCGCCGGCGGCGCCGGCUCCCCCCGGGCUUUGCCCUCGCCCGGGAACGGCAGCCGGUGGCGGGCGGCGGAGCCCGGCGGCGGCAGCAGCCCCAGUCCCGAGGCGUGGUCGGGGUCGCCGAACGGCAGCCUGGGAGGCUGGGACCCUUUCGGGCGGGACGAGGAGCUGGCGAAGCUGGAGAUCGCGGUGCUGGCCGUCACCUUCGCGGUGGCGGUGGUGGGGAACGGCAGCGUGCUGCUGGCCCUGCGGCGCACGCCGCGCAAGGCGUCCCGUAUGCACCUCUUCAUCCGCCACCUCAGCCUGGCCGACCUGGUGGUGGCCUUCUUCCAGGUGCUGCCCCAGCUCUGCUGGGAGGUGACACACCGCUUCCACGGCCCCGACGGGCUCUGCCGCGUCGUCAAGCACCUGCAGGUCUUCGGCAUGUUCGCCUCGGCGUACAUGCUGGUGGCCAUGACCGCCGACCGCUACAUCGCCGUCUGCCAUCCGCUGAAGACGCUGCAGCAGCCCACCAAGCGCUCGUACGGGAUGAUCGCGACGGCCUGGGCGCUCAGCCUGCUGCUCAGCACCCCGCAGUACUUCAUCUUCUCCCUCAGCGAAGUGGAGCGCGGCUCGCAGGUCUACGACUGCUGGGCGCAUUUCAUCAUGCCCUGGGGGCCCCGCGCCUACAUCACUUGGAUCACCGGCGGCAUCUUCAUCGCGCCUGUCCUCAUCCUCAUCAUCUGCUACGGCUUCAUCUGCUACCACAUCUGGCGCAACGCCCGGGGCAAGACGCGCCCGGGGGAGGCGGCAGCAGCGGGUGGCGGGCGGCGGGCAGGUGGUGGUGGUAGCCCGCGACGGGGGCUGCUGCUCGCCCCCUGUGUCAGCAACGUCAAAACCAUCUCCCGCGCCAAGAUCCGCACCGUCAAGAUGACCUUCGUCAUCGUCUCGGUGUACGUCGUUUGCUGGGCGCCCUUCUUCACCAUCCAGAUGUGGUCCGUCUGGGACCAGCGCUUCCCCUGGGUCGAUUCUGAAAACACUGCGACUACUGUUACGGCUCUGCUGGCCAGCCUGAACAGUUGCUGUAACCCGUGGAUCUACAUGUUCUUCAGUGGGCACCUCCUCCAAGACUGCAUACAGAGCUUCCCUUGCUGCCAACAAAUAAAGCAAACGCUGAGUAAAGAAGAUUCAAACAGCAAUAGCAGGCGACAGACUUCUUUCACCAACAACAGAAGCCCAUCCCACAGCUUAAACACCUGGAGAGAGAUGUCCCACUCCAAAGCAACCAGCUUCAUCCCCAUUCCGACAUGAGAUAGGGCAGGCAGGGCUUGCAGUCCCAUCACAGUGUUUGGGAAGGUUAUAGUAUGGUAUUUUAUGCCAGUCCAAGGUAUCAUGGUACCAAGGAAUGACUAAGAUGGUCAUGAGACAAAAGUGCCACCUUGCUAGAUAAGUUAUGCUGCAGCAUGUAAAUUAUUUUCUGAAAGUUAUUUAGGACUUGGGCAACUGAUCAGGAUAGUGUGGCAACAAUAAAGCAAUUAUUUUUUUAAAUAGAAUAUAUUUUAAUUUUUUGUCUGUUUCUAAAAUACUAAGUGCAUUGUUUGCUUGCUGUUUAAAACUGUAAAAAUAAUGGAGUUGUCAUGUGUUGGGGUAACUCCACUCUCUAGUGUUAAUGCCUAAAACUUCUCGUGAUUGUCUGAUGAAGUCAUGGGGAAAGAAGACAAUGUGAGUAAGACUACAGUUUAGUCUUAAACAUAAAAAGAAAGGAGUAGGGAAAAAUCUUGCCUCUCCAGAUAAGGAAUGUGGUUAUAUAGACUCUGAGUUGUUGGAAUUCAGUUGUUCGUGCUACUCCAUCUUGUAAAGGUCUAGUAGUUCUCAGACACUGAAAUUUAACAGCCCCUGUGAAGGCAUAUCUUUUAGUGACAUCAAUGUCUAUAUGUGUAUUGUGGGGUUUCAUUUUUAGGGUGACAUUUCCUCUUCCCUUCAUUCCCUUCAAGUUGAUGGAAGUUAUACAGCAUAUUUGUGUGUGUGUGUGUUGUUUCACCUACCUUCAUUUUUUAAACUAAUUUUAAAAAUAUAUUGAUAAGUAUGAUAUACUGUGACUAGCUGAGCACCAAGAAAACUCACAAUGAAUACCAGAACCACUUGUUUUAUGGGCAGGAAUUCCAUGUUUUCUUUUUUGAUUUACUAAGACGUCUAGGAUCAAGCCACAUUGCUUGGUUGUCAAGCAAAUAGCCUCAUGAGUUCAGGAGAGUGUAGUCAUUUGGUAAGAGCUGUAGAACCAGUAUAUUUCAAGACACAGAUCUGAGAAUCAAACUUACAAGUCUUCUGGGAACAUAUAAAAACUAUUGUUGGUGCGUCUUUUUUUUAUUAUUAGUUUUAUUGCCAGCUCACGCCAAUAUAGUCCUAAAAAUUGUCAGUAAACUGCAAUAAAAAUUCAUCACAACAUAUUUGCUAGUUACAAAGCAUUCAAGGUGUGUUUGUUUUCAAUACAAUGCAUGCUGAGUUGACUGUAGUUUGUUUAUAUGGUAAAUAAUCCUAUCACAUCUUUCCUUGCUGCCCAUCUCUUAUUUUGAGGUUGGGUUUUAAAGCUCCUUGAGUAAGUUUUGCUGAGUUUUUAAGUCUUGAGAAUCUCUUUGAGAAGUACAGCUCCCUGUCUACUCUGUUAUCCUGAGCUUGCCAGAUCCUGAAAUACAGGUGUUCCCCUGGCCCCCUGCAGGAGUGCUGACACAACCCCAACUGUCUGCUGGAGCAGUGGGACACGAGCAUGGCUGCAUAACGUGCCUGCAAGGAGGAAGCUCACAAGCAGGUUUCUUUGUUUCCCACCAAAACCUAACAAACAAGAUUGCUUUUCUAAUUGCUUGAGGAGAUUGCAUGAGGCUUUCACUGAGUAUGGUGCCCAUGCCUGCCCCAAUAAUGGUAGCAGAAAUUAAUAGAAUUAGAUGGAGAAUAAGAUUAUAUUAAACCACUCCAGAAGCUCCCCAUUGACUAUUUUGGGCAAAGAAUAUGGAAUAUUAUACUUAAAAUAAUUUUUUUUUAAUUGGGGGGUUUUUGUCACUAAAAAAAAUCUUUGCUCUUCUCUCAUCUUUCCUCAUGUUUGCUGUUGCUCAAAGCACUAGAACCCAGAGGAUAGCAUGGUGGAAUGGCUUAUAUUUAACAGACUAUCUUUUUGAUAACCUUUAAUAUAAAAGUAUGGCUACAGCUCUCACCAGCUCUUGGACAAAGGUUUGCGAACCUGAAGUUAUAUUUUAGUCCAAAAAAUGCAUGCAGUGGUGUGUGUGUGUUUGUGCACAUUAUAUGUACUGUGUAUAUUUUGCAAGUAGAUAAUUCACAGUUACUGAAAUUGCAAGUGUUUCAAAUUAAGUACACUAUACUUUGCCAAGUUUUCUGUUUGUGCUACAACUUUCUUUGUACAUGAAAUCUGUAUUGAAAAGCAAUUAGCUGUACUAACAGAAUUUUCAUGUUUGCAUAAUUGAAUUAUUUUUCUAUUACACUUUACAUUCAAACAGAAAAGAUAAUGAAAAAACAUGUGUAGAAUAAUGUUGAGAAUAAAAAUGAGCUGGGAAAUGACCAAUAUAUGUAUUAAAGUGAGCAGAUCCAAAGUAUAAAUUCAAGAGGUUUUUUCAAAUAUGUUACAAAAUCUAGCCUUACACUUGGGACUUACCAGCAUGAAUUUGCCCUGAGAGGGUUCUAUAGUUUCUAUAAUUAAACUGACAACACAAUUCAUCAAUAUUUGGUUUCCAGACAUAUUUUGUACAAUUUUUCACAUAAUUGUAAUGUUGGAAGGUACAGCCAGUAUUUUUAAUUGUUCAUCUGUGGAGAUUUUUUUUUUAAAGCUGCUUUGGAUUAUCAUGAGGGUGCUCUAAUGGAAACAGAAGGAAACAAAAAAUUAUGAAACCACUGCAAGUUUUAAACAUGGAAACAUGCUCUAAUAAACAUUUGUUUGAUCAGAA